CUGCAUCCUCGGCCCUGCAACAUCUCCACAGAUCCAUCCUAGGUAAGGUCAGAGGCCACAAAGAACUACAGAAACAGGAAACCGAACUUCCCGAGUCAAUUACCAAACACAGAAACCUGUUUCCUCUGUGAAUCUCAAACUGGCAACGCUCUGUCUUUGCACCUUCAGUGUCCAAGUGGCUUUCCAACAGACGAGGACUUUGUCUUCCAUUUCCACAUGAACGGUUUGUGCUUGGAACUACCGAGAUGAAAGGAGCCAAGUUAUUUGUCCUGCUCUCCAGUUUGUGGAGUGCAGGUAUUGGACUUAAUGACACUACACAUUCUUGGACCACACCUGAAGAUGAAAACUCUCAAGAGAAUGUGACCUCCCUAACCCAGAUGCAAAGUCUCCAGAGGUUUUCAGCCAUUCAGAACACCCUAACUGAAGAAACCACAGCUCCUGAGGUUCAGCCUUCAGCACGGCCUCCCUCUGAGGCAAGCACUCCAGAGGCGGUGAGAAAUCCCACUCUCACCCCCACUGGGAAGACAGGAGAAGUGGUAAAGCUGCAAAGUCUUGCUGUCCCUAGCAAACCUAGCAUCAAGCUCAGCCCUGGGGCGGAGAGCGUGGUCCUUUCCAAUGCUACCCUGACAUUUCUUCAGAGCUUUGCCAGAAAGCCAGAUCCACAGGCAAUCUCUCCAAAAUCAGAAGAAGGUGUGGGAAAUCGGUCUCCAAGAGAAACAUACCUGAGCCGAGGUGACAGCAAUGGCAGCCAAAGACCCAGCUAUCAAAAAUCAAGUUUUGAAACAACUAGAGGAAAGAACUGGUGUGCUUAUGUACAUACCAGGUUAUCCCCCACAGCGAUUCUGGACAACCAGGUGAAUUACAUUCCAAGUGGGAGAGAGCCCUGUGGAUGGAUCAGUGGCUGUCCUCAAAGAUCUCAGAAGAUCCUCAGCCCUGUGUACAGGAUGCAACAUAAAAUUGUCACUUCAUUAGAAUGGAGGUGCUGUCCGGGGUACAGUGGACCCAAAUGUCAGUCAAAAGCCCAGGAACAGCAGCAAGUGAUACACAGCAGCCAGUCUGAGAGCCACACAGCUCUGGACAGAGGGAACGCUGAGAGGCUCCAGCAGCAGCCAGACUGUGGCGACCCAGCUGUGAUACAGAAAUUGACUGACCAGGUGACCCAGGAGGCUACAAAACUGACUCUUCUGCAGAAGAAAGUAGACAAUAUCUCUUCGACUAUAAAUAAUGUCAAGAGCACAUAUUCCUCCUUAGAAGAGAAAAUCAGUGAAGAUAAAGGGAGGGAAUUUCAAUCUUUUCUAAAAGGUCUAAAAUCCAAAAGCAUCACUGAUCUGGUAAGGGACAUAGUACGUGAACAGUUGAAAGUCUUUAAAAAUGACAUGCAAGAGACUGUUGCUCAACUUUUUAAGACUGUAUCAAGCCUAUCAGAGGAUCUGGAAAACACCAGACACGUCAUUCAACAAGUGAACGAAUCUGUGGUUUCACUGGCAAUCCAGCAAAAGUCGGUUUUAAUGCAAGAUGAUAGGCCCACUUGGACUGAUAUAGUUGACCUAAAGAACCGCAUGGUGAAUGUAAGGCAAGAAAUGACUUUCGUGUGUGAGAAGCCUAUUAAAGAAUUAGAAGCAAAGCAGACUCAUUUAGAAGAGGCCUUGACACAGGAACACUCCAGGAGCAUUUUGUAUUAUGAAUCACUCAAAAACACCCUUUCUAAAGUGAAGGAAGCACAGGAGCAGUUCUUAUCAACUAAAGAAGGAUCAGAACAGAAGAACGUGGCAGCAGCUGAAUCUGUGAGCAGUAAUGUCACCACACAUAUGACUGGUCUACAUGAGAAGAUAAACAAACAGGCUUUGAUGAUGCUACAAAUGUCUGAUGAUUUGCACAUCCAAGAGAGCAAGAUUAACAACCUCACCCUCAGUUUGGAGCUGCAGAAAAUCUCUGUGAAAGGUGCAUGUGAAGAAAUGCUGGCUACGUGCAGACAUGAUUUUAAGUUUCAACUUAGAGACACGGAAGAGAAUUUGCAAGUGUUAAACCAAACCCUAGCCGAGGUUGUCUUCCCAAUGGACAGCAAGAUAGAGCAAAUGAAUGAGCAGGUGAACGAUUUGACGCGCGACAUGGAGAUGCUACAACCUUUGCUUGAGCAGGAAGCGUUGCUCCAACGGGUAGCCACACCUGAACAACCGAAGGAAGCAGUACUCAUGAGGAAAAAAGUGGAAAGUCUCGUUAGCGCUAUCAACAGUCUAAAUUCUCUCCUCAAAGAACUUACUAAAAGACACAACUUACUUCGAAAUGAAGUACAGACUCGUGGAGCUUCCUUUGAAAGACGCCUGGGUGAAUUUGCCAUGGAAAUGGAAGAUGGCCUAAAUAAGACCAUGACGAUUAUAAAUAAUGCCAUUGAUUCUGUUCAAGAUAACUAUGUGCGCAAAGAGACUUUACAUACAGAAUAUAAUCUGAAAGUCCAUCAUUCAUGUGGCGAAAACAUGGAAACCAUUUUGGCAUUUAUUUCUCAGUUCCAACGCUUGAAUGAUUCUAUCCAGAUUUUGAUCAAUGAUGAUCAGAGAUACAAUUUUGUUUUGCAAGUUGCUAAGGCCCUUGCAGAUAUGCCUAAAGACCAGGAUGACAAUCAGUCCAGCUUUCAAAAGAUUUAUCACAUGUUCAACGAAAUCAUCUCCCAAGUGAAAAAAUACCAGCAAAACAUAACUCAUUUGGAAGAAAACUUCAUCUCAGCCACUAAUAUUUCUAAAAAAUUUGAAACUCGGCUGCAAAGCAUGGAAUCUAAAGUGACUCAGACACUCAUACCUUAUUACAUUUCACUUAAGAAAAGUGGUAGUAUGGCUACAGACGAGAGAGAUCAAGCUCUUCAACUGCAGGUAUUGAAUUCCAGGUUUAAGGCACUGGAAGCAAAAUCCAUUCGUCUUUCAGUUGGUUUCUCUUUGCUUAACAAAACUGUCCAGGAGUUUUUGACAAUGUGCCGUAAUGCUUCUGCUGAUGUAUCUGAACUGAAUGCUACCCUUCCUAAGUGGAUGAAAGGUUUAUUACCGGAUAGUCAGCUUUCUCAGAAAGGUCUCAUGGAACUCGUGGAUUCAAUCAUUGAAAUAAAAACUCAAGCUGCCCUAUCAAACUUAACUUGGUAUGUUGAUCGGUUGUGGUCUGAUGGUCUGGCAAAUGUCAAGUCUCAGAAGCAAGUAAAAUUGCAGAAGAAACCUAAUGUGCUUAAGAAACCAGCAGUGAAUCUGACGACCAUCGUAAUAGGCCGGACUCAAAGAAAUACUGACAGCCUCAUAUAUCCUGUCACCCAAGAAUCUUCAGGCUGUAGCAGAUUCCCAUGCCUCAAUGGGGGCACCUGCAUAAGUGGGGUGUCGAGCUUCACCUGUGCGUGUCGACAUCCUUUCACUGGAGAAAACUGCACUGUCAAGGUGGAGGACAAAAACGCUCUAGCCCCAGAUUUCUCCAAAGGAUCUUAUAGAUACGCACCAAUGGUGGCAUUUUUUGCAUCUCGUCGGAAUGAAAUGACCACACCUGGCCCUAUUCUGUUUAAUGAGCUGGAUGUCAACUACGGAGCUUCAUAUAAUCCAAGAACUGGGAAAUUUAUAAUUCCCUAUCUUGGAGUGUAUGUUUUCAGAUACACCAUUGAGUCAUCUAGUGCUCAUAUCUCUGGAUUUUUAGUAGUUGAUGGAGUAGACAAGCUCACAUUUGAGUCUGAAAAUAUUAACAGUGAGAUCCACUGUGAUCGAGUUUUGACAGGAGAUGCACUAUUAGAACUAAAUUAUGGGCAGGAGGUUUGGUUGCGUCUUGUAAAGGGAACAAUUCCAGCCAAAUUUCCCCCAGUUACUACAUUUAGUGGUUAUUUGUUAUAUCGUACAUAGUUAGCAUUAAAGACAGAAUACUGCCUUUCCUGAGAACUAGCCUAUCUUCAGUUAGCUUUGCAUGCACAACUGUUUGCAGUUUCCUACACUAAAUGAAAAAAAAAACUAGCUUUCAAAAUGAUCUGCACGAAACUCUGUUUAUUUUAUGUAUUCUUAAAGAAAUUUACAGGCACAGAAAACCAAGCACAUUUGUUAACAUGAAUAUUUCUACCGUUGUUUUCAUUUUAUCUCAUUUCAGUAUACAAUAUCAUUUAAAAAAAUUUCCUCACAUUAUGUUGUUGGUCACAGUCUUUCUAAUGAAACAUUUAACUUUUGUUAAAAUCUAUAGAUAUAAAUAUGUAGCAAAUAUUUCCUAGAAUAAUACACUCAAAUUAAAAAAAUCAGACACAAUAAGGUA